GUCCGGUGCUGAGAAGGGGGGCGAUUAGAUCAGCGAUCACCGUAAGGGGGAGACACCGUCAGCUCGGCUAGAACAGGGAAGGGCUUUGUAUACACACACACACACACACACACACACCGACUGUUUGUUUUUCACGGCUUUAAUACUGAUAACUUGUAUUUAAUAUGGGCAGCUAAUUGUCUCUGCGCCUCUUUUAAUCCAAUUAAUGAUUGCCUUUCGUCUACUCCGACUCAUAAUCGCCGCUUCGGCUGCUUCCAGCGUCCUCCGCUCGGCGUGAAAUGGGAUGACAUGGGAUUGUUCAUGUCGACCAAGAUCUGGAGGAUCCUCGGCUUUGCCUUAGUGUUCCUGUCCAUCACCGUGCUGGCAGAUUCUGCAGAUGUAAAGUGUGAGAACGUCUAUAAGGACUUCUCUGACUGUGUCCUGGAGCUGGGGGAGAGCAUGGACAACUAUCAGGAGAAUGUCACCAGCGAGAGGGGAGUAGCGGCUGUGUGCAGCCACUGGGAAGCUUUCCACACGUGUGCCCUGACAGCGUUGUCCGACUGCCAGCAAGAAGUCAGCUCCAUCUGGGAGACGCUGAGGCAGGACUCCCAGAAGAUGCGCUUUCAGGGGAGCUUGUUCGACCUGUGCAGCCCCAGCUCGUCUCCUAGCAUGAGUUCACCUGUGGCGGCGUUGACCUUGCCCCUCACAGCCAUGUUGCUCACAACCGGGCCCAGAUGGUCCUUCAUGUAGGGGGACGCUGAAGGGAGGUGGAAGUAGAUAGGAAGGAUGACACCGGGGAUUCAGUCUUCCCAAGCACAAGCUAAAGCCAAGGAGUAUUUUAAUAACUCAAUCUCAUAAGCCAGACACUACAUACUAUUAAUGUGAUUUUAAAAGCAGUGUUUAACACACCCAUGUAUCACAUGUUGCGUAGUUUUAUCAAGACAGUCAAAAGAUUCAGCAAUUAGCUAUAGCAUCCUCUGGUUUAGUAUGCUUUAUAUAACGCUGCCGCUAACAGCUAGUUAGCUUACCUUUGCAUGUAUGGUUCCUUCAACCUGUUUUUACACUUGAACUGUAUUAAAGUGACGAGAACUAAAAUGAUCAAAUAUAAGCCACGAUAACAUGAAGCGAGGAGAAGCUAAUUGGAUUCUGUACCUUAACUUACUAUGUGGCUAAGCUAGGCUAACUAUCCAACGUCAGGAAAUCAGUCACAUUUUAAAGUAACAAUUUAAACAAAUAUGCUAAGAGCAAAUGUUUUAAUCAGUGUCAGAAUUUGGUUUAAUUUGGAUGUAUCCAGAGUCAAUGAAAACAUUUUUAUAAAGUAUUAGGAUUACCUUAUUGGAUUUUGGCUCGCUCUUUAAGAUGAUGAAUGCUAUCAUGCAGUAUAGUUUAACUUGUUCAGUGAAAGAUUUAUUCUGACAGUUACCACAAAAGUAAAAAAGGUUGAAAUAAUAAGUGGACAUUGUAAAAUACGACAAUCAAACUGUUCCUUUACCCUUUUUUUCCACAACACGCAUUGUGGUUGCUGUUUGAUUGCUGCUUGCUCAGACACGAAAAAGUGUGUCUGUGCUUUUGUGCAUGUUGAUGAUUUUUAAAGUUUUCUAAUUUGCUAUCCAGCUGUUUACAAGGCCAAUAAGUCAAACAUCCAAGUGGAAGUGAUAGCUGAUGUUUUUGUAGUACAAGGGCAUUUUUUUUGUGUAAAAAUAAAAUUUUAUAUCAAGAGUACUUUAAACAAAGCUCAAGAAAGAGAUUACAAGAUGUAAAUUAGGACCAAAACAAUACAAAUUCCAAGUGUAGCUUUUUCAUUCAAAUAUUUGCAUUUCUAGACCCCGAGUUUGAACAGUACUAAAUAGUCCCAUAGACUUACUGGUAAUGAGCAGCAGCACUAUCUAUUUUUAGUAUCAACAUGCUGUCCAUGCCAACAGUUCUAGCAAAUGCUAUCAUCUCUUUCUCUUUCCAUAUAAAUGCAUGACGAUUUUUGUGAUUGUGCUGCAGAUCGAGGAUUCUGUUGAUUUUCCCUGACUUGUGCAUGGAGAUAUAAGACUUAAUACCCUUUCUCACAUUCAUCAGCCACCCUCUCCUCUAUCGGCAUGUUUGCUCGGGUUGUUUCUUUAUUGUUAAGCAGGUGCUGGCAUGAUGUCAUCCAUUGUGUGUCUGCAGUGGUGAGAAAUCCAAUUGUCUUCAAAGCAUGAGCAAUACGGUCAUAUUUUCAGAAAGGACUCCCUGUGUAUUUGAAGAGCGCAUGAAAACUCUAUUAGAUAGGGGAAUACAACUCUGAAUGUAAAAACAAUAUGUUUUUUUUGUUUGCUAAUAGAAAAAGCACACUAUUUAAGAGACUGUAUAAAUAACAAGCAAUAUAUAGCAAAGUAAUGUGUUUGUAAUAAAGCACCAGCACUGUAAAACAUGCAGCUCUGGUCUGUCAUUGCCUUUCAGAGUAAUAAUGGAAAGCUAGGAUCUACGAGUGGUGGAAGAGCAGAGGAUUUAAUCAAUGAACGGGAAAUGGGUCAGAGAGAGUGGUAACUUUUCUAUAUGACUCAUUUACAACGGAGUUUCUGUUUUCAGCCUCCCCUCCAGCAAAGUGUUGGUAAUGAGGACCAUAACAAGCAGGUUUCCAUCCGUCAGUGUGCUCCCAUCUGCUUGUUUCCACCUGGACACUUUCAAUGUAGUGGGAGAAAAUGAAGGAUCAUGGCCCGAGGUGGAAGCCCUUCAUAGGACUGACAGCACUGAAGACCUUAGAGACCAAUUAUCUUUCGCCAUUUCCUGACUAACAUCGCUCUCCUUUCAGUCUGUGUGUACUACGUACUGUUUGAUUACAUUUUUUACCUCAAGAAUAGGUCCAUCUCUCAGAUUCUUUGUAUUAAAAUAACAUAUUAUAAUUAUAAAUGGAAUAUUUUCAUGGUUAGAGCAUAGAAAACCUUUUUACACCCGAUAUAGUAGGUAUAAUCAGAGAAAACAAGCCGUUUUAAGACACAAAUAAAACUUGUGCUCGUGUGUGUUGCAAUAAAUGUGUUCAGGAUAUGUGGAGGACAGCAUGUGACGUCAGGGGUUAAAAGAUGUUUUAGAUUGGCAUGGGUUACGGCCGCAACGGUAUGCUGUGUUAUUAUUAUUAUGAUUAUGAUGUUAUUAUUGUGUCUGUUGUGGGAUAGAAACCUGCAAUAAAAGCCUGUUGUUCCAGCGAUCAUGUCU